UCCCCCCGGUCGAGGUUCAGUAUACUAUGUCGCCAUUAUCAUGAAAAGUCGCCUCGUGCAAGGUUGUUGCCGCAUCGUUUUACGUUUAAAUGGAGGUAGUGCCACCGUACCGCUCAUGUUUCGAGAAGUACACAUUCGAUGAUGAUGGUUUUUUCACAUUUACUAGUACAGAGCAAAAACGUGUCGAAGACCUCGUAAAUGAACAAGUUAGACAAUAUGUCGAUGUGAAAGAAAGUCCUGUGCUCCUUCGCCGAGCGCAUAUUGAUUACAUUGUCAAAAGCUUGCAUGAAGUCGGCAAAGGAUACACCGGUCUGGACGCCAGCCGAACUUGGAUGUGCUUUUGGGGAUUGCAUAGCUUGAAUAUCCUCGGUGCACCACCUCCACAUUUGCAGAAGAACGAAAUUCUGUCCUUUCUAAAGACUUGUCAACAUCCAAAUGGAGGAUUUGGAGGAGGGCCUGGUCAGCAUGCUCAUCUUGCCCCAACAUAUGCUGCUGUGAUGGCGCUGGCAUCGCUUCAGUCAGAGGAAGCGCUCAAGGCUAUUAAUUUGGACAACUUAUCUCGUUUUCUUCAUCGGAUGAAGCAACCAGACGGAUCGUUUACGAUGCAUGACGGUGGAGAGGCUGAUAUUCGGGGAACUUACUGUGCACUUUCUGUUGCUGCUCUUUGUGGACUCAUGACUGACGCGCUGAAAGAUGGUGCUGCUGAAUGGAUUAUAAAGUGCCAAACAUACGAAGGAGGCUUUGGAGGUGAGCCCAAUGCUGAAGCUCAUGGUGGUUAUGCGUACUGCGCUGUUGCUUCACUGGUCAUUCUAGAUAGGUAUCGCUUAGCGGACUCUGAACUGCUGAUACACUGGCUCGCUAAUCGACAAAUGCGUUAUGAAGGCGGAUUUCAGGGUCGAACAAAUAAACUCGUAGAUGGUUGUUACAGUUUUUGGCAGGCUGCAAAUUUUCCACUGAUAGAAGGCGAAAUGGCUAGAGAGGGUCGGCUUCCCGCAGAAGGAUUGUUCGAUGCUCGAAUGUUGGAAGAGUACAUUAUGAUGUCUUGUCAGGAUGAAGCAGGAGGAUUCCGCGAUAAACCCGACAAGCCCAGGGAUCUGUAUCACACCUGUUACGUCUUGAGUGGACUUGCUAUAGCGCAAUCGUAUUCAGCUGCGCGAGAGCCCGAUGGGAUUUUCGGUGGAAGCCAGAAUGCCAUAGAGUCGAUCAAUCCCGUCUUCAACCUAACGACUCAUAGCGAACAGUUUGCAGAAUCGUUUUUCGCCAAGUCCCGUCAUUGAUUGUGCAACGCUCAUACCUCAAAUCUUGAUGCUACCCUCUUCUUUUGUUGAUCUUAUGCCAUCACUUUUGCAUGGAUGUGUUUGUUUUGAUUUUGUGCAUUUUGCUCCAUAAUCGGUGCGAUAUACGUGUUCAUAUACCGAGUAAUUUCAAAUGAUGUUUUUUCUGUACGAAAUUUUAUAAAGAAUAAUUC